AUGGCGGCGGUGCGGGCGCUGCUGCUGCUGUUGGCGGUGCUGGAGCCGGCAGCUGCCGUGUGGCCGCGGCCCCAGGCCGAGCGCUUCCCGCCGGGCGGCGGCCGCUGCCUGCUGCCUCCCCGCCGCUUCCGCUUCGCCUACGCCGCCGGUUCCGCCGUGGGGCCGGGCUGCGCCGUGCUGGAGGCGGCCUUCCAGCGGUACUGGGCGCUGCUCUUCGCCGCCGCCCGCCCGACCGAGAACGAGCAACCCUGGGGGCCACCCUGCACUCAGCUCCUUGUCUUUGUUGCCACACCGGGCUGCGAUGGGUUUCCCAACCUGGACUCCAAAGAAAACUAUAAGCUGUCCGUCUCGGAAGGCUCCUCACUGCUCUCUGCGGAUUCUGUCUGGGGAGCUCUCAGAGGUCUGGAAACGUUCAGCCAGCUCGUUGGGAGAGAUGAGAAUGGCACGUACUACAUCAACAAGACAGAAAUCGUGGACUUUCCCCGUUUCCCUCAUCGGGGACUAUUGCUGGACACCUCUCGUCACUACCUGCCUCUGAAAGCCAUCCUGGAAACUCUGGACGUCAUGGCUUACAACAAGUUCAAUGUGUUUCACUGGCACAUUGUGGACGACCCCUCUUUCCCUUAUGAGAGCUUGACCUUCCCAGAGCUCAGCAAGCAGGGAGCCUUCAAUGCCAUGACCCACGUGUACACAGCCAGUGAUGUGCAGAUGGUGAUUGAGUACGCCCGGCUGCGUGGCAUCAGAGUCAUCGCAGAGUUCGACACUCCUGGGCACACCCUCUCCUGGGGUCCAGGUGCUCCGGGCCUCCUGACUCCCUGCUAUUUGGGCAAGGAUCCUUCUGGGACCUAUGGGCCCAUCAACCCCAUCCUUAACAGCACCUACCAGUUUGUGACCAGUUUGUUCCAAGAGGUCAGCGCUGUGUUCCCAGACUUCUUUCUUCACCUCGGUGGCGAUGAGGUGGACUUCACGUGCUGGAAAUCCAAUCCAGAAAUCCGUGCCUUCAUGAAGGAGAUGGGCUUUGGUGAAGAUUACAAAAAGUUAGAGUCAUUCUACAUCCAGAGGCUUCUGGACAUCAUCUCUUCCCUCGGCAAAGGUUAUAUCGUGUGGCAGGAGGUGUUUGACAACGGAGUGAAGGUGAGGCCAGACACCAUCAUCCACGUGUGGAAGGAGAACCCCAUGCCGUACAUGGAGGAGAUGGCGAACGUCACCAAGGCUGGCUACCGGGCUCUGCUCUCUGCCCCCUGGUACCUCAACCGCAUCUCCUACGGGCAGGACUGGAUGGCGGCCUACCAAGUGGAGCCCUUGAAGUUUGAAGGCAGCCCUGAGCAGAAGGAUCGGGUGAUCGGUGGAGAGGCGUGCAUGUGGGGUGAAUAUGUGGACGUCACUAACCUGGCCCCCAGGCUCUGGCCGAGAGCUGGCGCCGUAGCCGAGAGACUGUGGAGUAACGCAACCGUCAGGGACCUGCAAGAUGCCUACGUGCGGCUGGCCGACUUCCGCUGCAAGCUUCUCGGGCGUGGUGUCCAGGCGCAGCCUCUUUACGUAGGAUACUGUGAAAACGAAUUUGGCGGGUUUUGAAAGGGGAGUCCCGCUGCCCUCGGUCGCUGUGCACACAGGAGGAAUGAUCCCUCUCUCUCAAAAGCUGCUGGCUUGGCAGAGGGACCCCUUCCCGCCCCCAGCUUCUGCUCUUGCUUUGUUGCAGUGAACUUUUUUUCCUUAGCCUGCACUCUUUGCCUCUUUUUCUAUUUUUAUUUCUUUAAAUCUAUAAAUAAAUGACCCCAAAGAGGAAAAAGGUGCCUUUUCGUGCUCAGCUGGGGCUUGGGAGACCGUGCAAGUGUUUUUUUGUUAGCAGGAGAAUGGGUAGGGCUUGCUCUGGAGGUGCCGGUGGAGGAGCAUCUGGCUGUGUCUCAUCCCGGUGGCUCCGGAGCUUGCUGGGUGCCUGCUCAGCUGGAUAAACUGUGUCUCGUCUCUGCUGCUAUCCCAGACUCCGUCCCCGCAGAGAGAAGAUGACAGGAAGGUGGGGGCUCCCCCAGUUUGUUCAC